CCGUGGUGCUGUCUUUCAGCCUGCUACUGCGCAUGUUGCAUGACAUGUGCACACGAAAUCCUCCAUCUUGGCGGUCUAUUACUGGGGCGAAAAGGUAUUUGGCACACAUACAUUCAAUCAAAAUAAAAAAUAAAAACAAGACCGUGUGAAAAGAAAAUUUGGAAAAUUGCCGAUAUGUGAUUUUAGUGGGAAACAAAUUUAAACCACUCCUUCGAAUGAAUGACGGACAAGGGAGACCAGAAUGACAAAUAUGGACCGCGUAUGGCCAUAAAGGAAGAAUAACGACCACUUACACUGUCAGUUAUACCGGUUCUAGUGACGAAUUAACUAGUACAGAAAACGAAAUGGCACAUGGUAUGACGAAGAUUUUUGUGAAAAAGCUGGCCAUCUUCCUCCUGGUCCUCUUCAUUUGGAUAGAGGGCGGAUCUACCAAAGAAAAAGGCACAAAGAAGGGAAAGAAGAAAGGGAAGCAAGUGUACUGUCCUUCGCAGCUGACACCUGAGGAUCUUGCACGGGUCCCUGAGAACUCAACAAGUAACAUCUUGAACAAGUUACUGAUCACCUAUGAUCCUCGAAUCAGGCCCAACUUCAAAGGGAUCCCUGUGGAGGAUAGAGUGAACAUAUUCAUAAACAGCUUUGGGUCAAUACAAGAGACCACUAUGGAUUACAGAGUAAACAUAUUUCUGAGGCAGCGAUGGAACGAUCCCAGACUAAGGCUACCUCAGGAUUUUAAGUCUGACUCACUGACAGUGGAUCCCAAGAUGUUCAAAUGUCUUUGGAAGCCUGAUCUGUUCUUCGCUAAUGAGAAGAGCGCCAACUUCCACGACGUUACCCAGGAGAACAUUCUUCUCUUCAUCUUCCGCAAUGGAGACGUUCUAAUUAGCAUGAGGUUGUCAGUCACUUUAUCCUGUCCUCUGGACCUAACACUGUUUCCCAUGGAUACGCAACGCUGUAAAAUGCAGCUGGAAAGCUUUGGCUAUACGACAGAUGACCUGCAGUUCAUGUGGCAGACGGGGGACCCUGUCCAGAUGGAGGAGAUCGCUCUGCCCCAGUUUGAUAUCAGACAGGAGGAUAUCGAGUACGGCAAUUGCACCAAGUUCUAUGCAGGCACAGGAUACUACACAUGCGUGGAGGUGAUCUUCACUCUGAGGAGGCAGGUGGGGUUCUACAUGAUGGGUGUCUACGCUCCCACACUCCUCAUUGUGGUCCUGUCCUGGCUCUCCUUCUGGAUAAACCCUGAUGCCAGCGCCGCCAGGGUCCCUCUGGGGAUUCUGUCCGUGCUCUCCCUGUCUUCGGAGUGCACAUCCCUGGCCUCGGAGCUGCCCAAGGUGUCUUACGUGAAGGCAAUCGACAUCUGGCUGAUCGCCUGCCUGCUGUUUGGCUUUGCCUCACUGGUGGAGUAUGCUGUGGUGCAAGUCAUGCUCAACAACCCCAAACGCAUUGAGGCAGAGAAGGCCAAAAUGGCGUCCAAGGAAAAGGCUGUGGGCAAGGAGAAGGCGGUGGGCAAGGACAACACAGUGAAUGGCACCAGCGGGACGCCCUGUCAUGUCAGCACCCUGCAGGUGGCAGAGACCCGGUGCAAAAAGGUGUGCACCUCCAAGUCAGACCUACGGACCAACGACUUCAGCAUCGUGGGCUCGCUGCCACGGGACUUCGAGCUCUCAAACUUUGAUUGCUACGGGAAGCCCAUCGCCUUACCACACGGCCUGAGCAAAGGCCAGGCCAAGGCCAAAAAACCGCCUCCGCCCAAGCCUGUCAUUCCCUCCGCUGCAAAGCGGGUCGACCUCUAUGCGCGGGCCCUCUUUCCCUUCUCCUUCCUCUUUUUCAACGUCAUUUAUUGGUCUGUGUACUUGUGAUCAGGGAUGAAUUGUCAGGAUUUUUGGCACGGCCAAACCCAACGUUUUCUACUCUCUUCUUGUGAUCAUCUUGUAUUUUGAUCCAUUCUUUCUAGUUGAGUUGUUCAUUUCUUUAUCCAUUUAUAUUAAACUAUAUAUAAUUAACAAUCAUUAUUAUUAUUAUUAUCGGCAACUAUAAAAAUCUGUCAUUCAUGAAUUCAUGGUUAUUGGCGCUAGGAAGAGCGGAAAAGUAUCCCAGGUGAAAUUAUACAGAUGAAAGGUAUAUGAAUGAUUUUACAAUUUGAAUUAAGAAUUAAUUCAAAUAAAAUGUCUAUUUAAAAUAUAUUAAGAAUAACAAGUAUAUUGUCAAUUAGAAAUGGAUAUCAAAUAUGAUGUAUUGACAAUAUUGUAAAUACCCAGGUGCUUUGCUUUUUGCAGCAAAGGGACAAGAACUUGCUAGCAAGUUUGAUAAGAGGGCCUUGGCACCAAGUUUACAAUUGCAUGUAAAAACUGACCUAUAUGAAUAUCAAUAAAGCAUAUUAUAUCUAUGAAAGUUUAUUAACAUUAUGAUAUUAUUAUUCUCUCCAAGUCUCCUGUGGAUAUGUGAAACACCUUGCCCUUGUUCAGAUGGAUAUAUGACAUUGUCCUUACAAGAAUAGUAACUUUUAUCAUCUCACUACAUAUAUCAUGUUUAAAUGGGUUUACAAACUGAUCAUGUACAGAUGUGAUGUACAAGUUUACAACUAAACCAAUAAAUGUUUAUAUGACUCACAA